AUGACCAGAGUAGUCAUCUCUUUUUUAAACAUUACUUGGUCAUCCUUGAAGGGUUUUCUUUCUCCAAAAUUGGGAGAACUCUCUUCCUUGCAAGAACUAAUUUUGCAUGGGAACAGUCUGAUUGGUUCAAUACCCAAAGAAAUUGGCAUGUUAAAGUACCUAAAGGUCUUGGAUUUGGGAAAUAAUCAACUAUCAGGUCCAAUUCCUUCCGAGCUUGGGAGCUUGACCAGCCUUCUGAAAAUGAACCUUCAAUCUAAUGGGUUGAUUGGAAAGCUGCCUUCUGAACUUGGCAAUUUGAAAUACCUUGAGGAACUUCGGCUGGAUAAGAAUAAGCUUCAAGGAAACGUUCUUGCAACUAACAGUUCAGAUUUUACAUCCAGCAUGCAUGGGAUUUAUCUGUUCGGGGAUCGAUUUGAUGCGCUUUCACUGAAAAUAGUUGCUUGUAGCAAGAAUGUGUUUAAAUAUGGUUCAACGUUGUACAUUUUUAUUGGGUUACAUCUAAGAUUCAAAGUUGUGCUCUUUAAAUAUGAUAGAUCUCAUGUUGACUUUGGUGGAGUCUAUACAGAUUCUGAGAUGUUGAAGGAUGUAUUGAGAUUUAGCAAACAAGAACUCGAAGUAGCAUGUGAAGAUUUCAGCAACAUUAUUGGGUCCUCUCCAGACAAUCUAGUCUACAAAGGGACCAUGAAAGGUGGGCCUGAGAUUGCUGUAAUAUCGCUUUGCAUUAAAGAAGAGCAUUGGACAGGCUAUCUUGAGCUUUAUUACCAGAGAGAGGUAGCUGAUUUGGCAAGAUUAAAUCAUGAGAAUACAGGAAAAUUACUGGGUUAUUGCACAGAGAGUAAACCAUUUACAAGGAUGUUGGUUUUUGAAUAUGCAUCAAAUGGGACGUUGUAUGAGCACCUCCAUUAUGGAGAAGGAUGCCAAUUAUCUUGGACACGGCGAAUGAAAAUUGUUAUAGGCAUUGCUCAGGGACUCAGAUACCUUCACAAACAACUUGACCCACCUUUUACUAUAUCCGAGUUGAAUUCUAGUGCUGUUUAUCUUAUAGAAGAUUUUUCUCCCAAGCUAGUUGAUUUUGAAAAUUGGAAGUCGAUUCUUUCAAAAUAA